AUGAACUUUUCUGCCUGUGUCACUUCGAGCGUAGGAGACGGUUCUGUUUCACAACUCAUGGGGCAAAGGCCUAUCCUGCAACCAACGGCCGGAUUACCAUCUGAUCUCUCUUCCAGGUAUGUGUUUACAACUGAUAAGGGUACAAAGUAUGUUUAUCUGGACAAGACCAAUGGCUUGUUAAGGUGGGGUAGUGUAUCAGAAGACGAAUAUAACUCGAUGCCUCUGAAAAUAUCCAACUUUGCCGACAAGAGCGUUAACGUUAUUCUGAGCGACUCUGGAGAGUUUUUGUGCGUUUAUAGUAAAGACUGUGUGACUGUAAUUGAGGUUCCUUGGAGAUAUCGUAAUCCUGAAGAAAUGUCGUACGUUUUUCAAACAUCUUUCAAGGAAAUAAGAAAAGACUCGUUUAUCAAAAAGGUCUUGUUCCAUCCAAGAGCUAUCAAGAAGACUUGUAUGGUAAUCCUAUUUGAGGACGACACCAUUUAUCUUUUCGACGUGGAGGAUAACAAUAAAAUUGCUUUGAACGUGCCAAGUGGGAACAUAGGGAUUGAGGACAGGAUAACUUCUAUUGCAGACAUUGAGUUUAGCCAGGAUGGCCUGACCUUGUAUGUUUUGAGUGCAGAGGACUGUGGUGAUGUAUACGCAAUUUACCCGUGUCUUCCUCCUAUCUUAGCUAUGAGCCAAAAGGAGUUGAAGAGUCUUAUGAAUAGAUCAGUUCUACUAUACGAUUCACUAACUGAAACUACACCAUCAGCUGUCAAAAAGGGAGUCAUCAAACAGGUUGAGUUCAUUUCCCAACUUCAAAACAUUUCGCAUGGGAAGGAGGAGAUUUCCAAUGUUUUGGAAAUUGACACCAUAUAUCGAUUAGCUAAACCACAAGGCCCAUUCACAAUUGCCCCGUUUCCAGAAAAACUCUACUCUGCUACUGCCACAGAAAUAUGUCCGCUAAAUAUUGGUGGUGGUAACGAAAUUCUAUGCAUUGCUUACGAUAAUGGCACAGCCUUGUUUUUGUUUAAAGAUUUAGAGCUUUCAAUGGCAUGGGAUGUCGGUGGUAUCUACUAUAAUAACUCUUUGGUACUGAUGGAGGAAUUUGAUUUACAAACUGAAAGCGCCGUAAGUAUACUGAAGUCUUUCAAGAUGGAUGGUUUGAUUUUAUUCAAGGUCUCAGACUCUGUUCAGCAUAUCGAUGUCUCAAAGUCCUUUAUUCAAGACGGAGACUUGUUGGUUCAACAGUCUAGUAUGAUAAGAUGUGUGGAUACUAAAGCCUGGUCUUCGGUAGUUUCUGACUGUAUCGACAGGCACGAUAUAAACGCACUGAUCACUGUAUCUUUUAAAAGCAAAGGUCACACUUGGGCUAUCGCAGGGAGUGACAUAACUUCAUGUGGCGCUUGGAAUCACGGCGGUACUGAAGGUGUGACGUGGAUUACGAACAAAUCAGUAACCUGCAAGGAACUGAAGAAACAAGUGUCGUGGAAACCGGAGCAAUCAACCUCCUCAGAAAAGAAGAAGCAAGCUUUUCCGAAGCCUGAAUUUUCCGUGCCUAUUUCUGAACUUAACGCAUUGAACAUUAAUUACCAAGAUACAUGCCGCAUCGGGUUUCAUGAUAUCAUUUCGCCGCUAGACCGACAAAAACCUCUACUGAAUCCAUCUAAUGAGAAACAACUACAAGUUAUGACGAGCUUGUCGAAUUAUUUGCUGGCAACCGUAGGGAAAGGUCAAGGUUUGGGGAUGACAUUGUACAAUAGGUUAUUGGAACAACAGCUGGAAUUGACUAAACAAUUGCAGUGUUCCAAUAAAAUUUUAAUGAAGCAACCUGCAAUAGCGAAAAAACUUGAAGAGCAAAAAUCAGUGUGGAAUGAAAAGCUUGCUAAACAGAACAAAUUGAAGGAAAGGUUUAGCAGCUUGCAGCAAAAAUUGGCAGCCAUUGAUAAGACAAAAAAGUCGACAGAUUUGGUAAUAACCGAUGAGGAAAGUGUCUGGUUCAAAGAAGUUAAGAAGGAAGCGUUAACGUUCAAUGACCUUGUUUACAAACAGGAAUCGGUUCAAGAUGAUUUGAGGUUUUUGAAGAGAGAACUGAGCACAUUUGUUUCGGAUUCUCAACGCUUACCGGGUACCGCCAAUACAGAAUGGCACUCUCUGCAAGAAAUGUUGAAGCACGAUUCGUUGCUUCUUCGGGCAGAUAAAAAAGAUAAAAAGGAUGCCAGUUCGCAAGUGAGUCGAAGAGCAUCCUCAAAACUGUUUACAUAG